GUGUCCCGGACACACAUUUAUUGCGGCGAUGAAGAGAAUAAGCAGGCUGAGAGGAAGGCUUUCUCCUGCGGAGCUCAGGACUACCUUCAGCUGAACUUUAGCCGAGCUUUAUGGUGGAACCCCCGCGGCUUAUUGCAACUCCCAAGCGGGGGAAAAAAACCGGAUCAGGACUGGAGGGUUGAUCGUCCAUGUGGGCCUCUCGGAACAACCAGUGACUUUCAGCACGUUUGGCCUGAGACCCGGGAAGGAGCAAGGCAAAAGAAGGACAGUAAGAAAAGAUGAUUUAGGACUCCAGAGCUGCCCAUAAAUAUUCUCAUUGGAGUGGGACGUUGUUUGGAAACAUCCAGCAUCAUGGCUGCCGAGAAACUGCUCAGCCUAUCCCCCCACAGGCGCAUCAUUGUCGGCCUGCUGGCCAACCUGCUGUCCUCCAUCUGCAUCGUCUUUCUCAACAAGUGGAUCUAUGUGCGCUACGGCUUCCCCAACAUGACCCUCACCCUCAUCCACUUUGUGGUCACCUGGCUGGGACUUUACAUCUGCCAAAAGAUGAACAUUUUCUCCCCCAAAAGCCUGCCCGUGAGGCGCAUCGUGUGGUUAGCGCUGAGCUUCUGCGGCUUUGUGGCCUUCACCAAUUUGUCCCUGCAGAAUAAUUCCAUUGGGACGUACCAGCUGGCCAAAGCCAUGACCACGCCGGUCAUCAUCCUCAUCCAGACCACCUACUACAAGAAGACCUUCUCCACCAAGAUCAAACUCACACUGGUGCCAAUAACAUUAGGUGUGCUUUUGAACUCGUACUAUGACGUAAGGUUCAACGUGCUGGGUACGGUUUUUGCCACGCUGGGCGUUCUAGUGACGUCCCUCUACCAAGUGUGGGUGGGUGCGAAGCAACAUGAGCUCCAGGUGAACUCCAUGCAGCUUCUUUACUACCAGGCUCCUCUUUCGUCAGGCUUCCUGCUUUGUGUUAUUCCUUUCUUUGAGCCACUGACUGGAGACGGAGGAAUAUUUGGACCAUGGUCUCUCCCUGCUCUAAUGACAGUGUUUUUCUCCGGAGUGGUGGCAUUCCUGGUCAACUUGUCCAUCUACUGGAUCAUUGGAAACACAUCAGCUGUUACCUACAACAUGUUUGGCCACUUUAAAUUCUGCAUCACUCUGACUGGAGGUUACGUGCUGUUCCAGGACCCGCUGUCACUCAACCAGGCUUUUGGGAUCAUCUGUACUCUGGUGGGAAUCUUGUCAUACACUCACAUCAAGCUGGUGGAACAAGAGGAGGGAAAGAGUCGCCUGGCUCAGAGACCAUAGGCCCACUCAGCUGUCAAUUAUCCGCAUGGACUCCAAUGAGGGACUAUUUUGUAUAAAUCUUUAUUUUGUUAUGAGUAUUUUUUUUAAAUAAGGACUAUAGGACACUGACAGUAAUACAUCGCUCCAGAAGAAUGAAAUGAGAACGGCUAUAGAAGGCUUCCAUGAUGCAAUAUUAAAAUCACAAGCAGAUGUAACAGAUGACAGAAGUGAAUUGUGAAUAAAGUUAUUUCUGUUUUCAA